AUGCGAUAUAUCGUCUGCAUCGCUGUCAUGUCACUUUACGGAGUCCUCGCCUCCUUCGACGGGGAUUUCGUGAGUUCCAGUUCUUUUCUUCCAAACUUUCCGCAUUGACAAGUUUUGUUAAAUUUUCUUGCAUUCUAGACAAGAUACGAGUUCGAGGAUUUGACCGGGGGACGAUCUGGUGGAAAGGUUGGUUUUUUCUUUGGAAUUUUGCUUGUAACUUGAAUGUUUGCGAGUUCAGAGAGCGACGGUGGUGAUCCCAAGAAGCAGUUUGAUGAUCUCAGGCAGAGGCUACAUGCCCGGUUUCGCCCCGAUGAUGCAGAACAUCAUGAAGAGAGGCGGUCAGCCGGUUAGUUGAUAUCUUAUUUGGAGCCGUAGUUAUAAACGGCGUGGUUCAGGAUGCCGACGGGAUGAGGAAACGGGGUGCCGACGAAAGACUUGUCGGAAUUCCACGAAGCGGCCUUCUGAUCUCUGGACGCGGCUGGAUGCCUGGAUUUGUCGACGUCGUGCCCAACCUCUACAAAAGAGUUCGUCGCGGCACUCUUCUCCGUGUUACUGUCUAUUGACACUUUUAGAGCCACAACAUCGAGCGUUUCAUCCUUCGGCCAUAA